UAGUUGUUCUGCUUUCUUUAUUCCUGUCCACUCCCGGAUAUUCUUCAACCAAGAGGCUUGCUUUCUACCAAUUCCUUUGCGUCCUUCGAUUUUACCCAUCAUAAUAAGUUGAAGAAUAUUAUACCGGUCUCCGGUCUCACAAUGUGUCACAAGAAUAAGAUAUUGUACAGUCAUUGUACUUCUUCUAUUAAAGGUGCUGAGACCGCUUUUCGAUCGUUGGCUUUCAUGUUGCCCAGCAUAUUAACAAUCAUUGUCUUAUUUACAGCCUCACGAAAUAGUUCAGUGCCAGUUUUCCCAAACCAUUGCGUAGGUUUUUAAGCUAAGAAGUUGUAUGGUGACCCACACUUUUUUUUCCCAUUAUUUUACUUUGCAUGACAAGGUGAAGUAUGUCAUAUUUUUCUGGGUGAUCAUUGUACAGAACCCGCUUAUUAGAAUACAGUUUAUAGGAAUAUCCCGCUUUAAGGAACAGAAAUUUGUUAUCCCUUUCGUGGCCGGCUGACACGAUCGUGAGCUCAUGUUUAUGUGGGUAUCAAUAUCAAAAUAAACAUAUUUUUACUAGGAAAGAUGAUAUCAAUAUGUUGUGUCUAUCGUGUAUUAUCAGAGUAACUGAAAUUAUAACAAAUUCGCCCUUAGUUUGCAAUAGAAUACCCUAUAAAGAAGGCUGUGUAUUUUGACGACAAAACCGAUAAAGGUGUGCCUCUCACCCACGAUUUGGCUCUAGAGGUAUUAAAUGAUGGUAACUAGUCCGAAAUAGAAGAUUUAGAUGGCGAAAAUGAUGUUGCUUUUGACAUUCAGAUGUUUAAAAAUAACACUGAUGACAAGGAUAUUGAAGAAACUGUAUUAGAUGAAGAACCUGUAUUGGAUGAAGAACCUGUUCCUUCAACAAGCUCUUCUUCAGCAAAGAGGCAAUGGAAAGACAUGACAUUUCAGCAAAAAAUGUAUUAGAUGCUAGUCGACCUUGGUUAUGCUAUUGGAUAUUGCAUCCUUUAUCUUUAAUAAAUAUUCAAUUAGAUGCUAGAAGGAAAAAAGUUAUUGCUAAGUUUCUAGCAAAAUGCCAGAGUCCUAAUGGUGGUUUUGGCGGAGGACCUGGUCAGAUACCUCAUUUGGCUACUACAUAUGCAGCCGUAAAUGCCUUAGUCAUUUUAGGAACAGAAGAAGCUUUAAAUGUAAUAAAUAGGAAAAAAUUACAAGAAUUUCUAUGGAGGGUACGGCAGGUUGAUGGAUCUUUUCAAAUGCAUGAAAAUGGGGAGGUUGAUAUACGAGGAGCUUAUUGUGCUCUUUCAAUAGCUAGUCUUACUGGAAUCAUGACUCCAGAAUUGUUUAGGAAUACUGCAGAGUGGAUAGUAAGUUGUCAAACAUACGAGGGUGGAUUCUCUGGAUGUCCUGGUAUGGAAGCUCAUGGCGGAUACGCAUUUUGUGGUUUAGCAGCCUUGGUAAUACUCAAUAAAGGACAUUUAGUAGAUGAACGAGCUCUACUGAGAUGGUUAGUACAGAAGCAAAUGAAAGUAGAGGGUGGAUUUCAAGGCAGGACUAAUAAACUAGUUGACGCCUGUUAUUCUUUUUGGCAGGGAGGCGCUUUUCCUUUAAUAUAUUCUCUAUUAUACGAUGCUGAGAAUCCACCAAAACACCAUCUGUUUGACAACGGUUGCCUACAGGAAUAUUUGCUAGCCUGCUGCCAAAAUCCUAACGGUGGCCUCAUAGACAAACCAGGAAAAAACAGAGAUCUGUAUCACACUUGUUAUGCUAUAAGCGGCCUUUCGAUAGCUCAACAUUUCAUGGAUACUACACCAAUACUAGGUCCCAAACGUAAUGAAGUGCUGUGCACCCAUCCUUUGUACAACAUUAGGCCAGAUUUUGUUCGGAAAGCUUUGUUAUAUUUCAACGGGUUAGGUUCACCCGAAGAUGAAAUGCAGACCUGACAAAACAGGAACUACAGAAUGAGCGCGUAUCAACUACUCCUAUUUUUAAAAUUUAUUGUUAAAGUUUUGUUGAGGUUAUGUUUUUAUAAGGUAUUUUAGCAGUUUCAAUUUUAUUACCAUUUUUUAUUUCUAUUUAAGAUUUAACGACUUACCACAACUGUGUCAUCUGAAGAUUAAGAUUUUAUAUAAAAACAUUUAUACUUGUAGGUAGUACCACCUAUUUUUUAAUAUACUGAAUAUAAAGUU